AUGGUUCAUAAGAAGGAAGAGCGUAAUGUGAAGAAUGUAUUGCCCAACAAGUAUAUCCCAGUUUUAUCCCCAAAAGUUUUGCGGAAUGUCAUUUCGCGCCUACCCAAGAGUUCGUUGUUGGAAUUGAUGUAUGUUUGGCCCAAGUUGGUAAACACCCAACCCCAUCUUGAUAAAGAAAAUAGCAGACAUAGCCAGGCUACUUAUAGCUCAAAAGUCAGUCAAGAAGCUAAGGAGUUGAAACGCAACCUUAAGGUUCCAAAACGAAAGAUCGUGGAGAAAAUACUAUUCGAAUACUGGUCAAAGGGCCUUAACCUACUACAAUUGGCACAAGUGGAUUGCCAAUUGAUUAUUGAUCGCCCCAACUCAUACUAUUGGAUAAAGUCAACUGUUCGAGACUCGAAUGAUAAGGAAGUUUGUCUCCUGUUGGCACCACAAAUGUUUCUAGAAAGAUUGGCUGCUGAACUCAGUGCAUUAUAUCUCACAUAUAUUUAUGUUUGCCGCCACCCCAGGUUUCCCUUGAUUUUAGUUAGGGUUCAAGUAUUUGAUUUGCAACCUAUUAACUCCACGCUGAAUUCAUCCCGUCCCCACAUCGCGUCUCACAAGCCGUACUUUGUUGCUAUACCUUUAAACUCGCCUCAUUUAAUUCAUAGUCCUGGUGAUGACAUGGUUACAAAUAUAGUCCUUCAAACUGUUGAAUACUGCCUUCCACAGAGUGCAAACAAUCUUGUCAGGCUUGAAACUAACCCUCACCAAAAGCCACUCCGAUCACUAGAGUCAAUGCAUAUCUUCAAUGGUAAUUCGAGGUUUGGAAAUAGCAUGGGUGCAUGGACUCCUUAUGCUGAUGGUACAGUAGAUCUGUUGCCAUUUGGUGAACUCGAAAAGCAUACGUCUUUGAAUCCAAAACAAACAUCUUCUGUACCCAGUGAUGAUGAUCCAUCGAAGUCGAUGUUAAAAAAGAUAGCAAACCUACGGUUCAAAGGUAGUCAAGAUGGUGUUUUGAAAUCAAGCAGACUAUACGAUGAUAACAAACCCAUUCGAAAGCUAACUAUUAAAUCUAUUGCGCACGAUUCAGAGUCUGAAGCAGAGUCGGGAAAUGAAGAUGAGUUUGAAAGUAACGAAUAUUCUUCUUUUGCACCCGUUCAGCAUACGGAAUUCAUAAUCAGAGAAAAGGUUAAGAUCGAACAUGAAAACUGUUCCAAUAUAAAAAUUGCAUUCUCGGGACUAGACGUGUUUGCUGGCCUACACGAAUUGUCCGUGACUACCGCCGAGGAAAAUAAAAUGGUGCUAAAUGCAUUGAAAAUCCCAAACUAUUUGACUGGAGAAGAAGGUUCUAGUAAUGGCGUGAUUCACAAUGGAGAGUUCACAAAAACCAGCUAA